CGGCGGUUUAAUAGCGGGGGUCAGCUACAACCCCCGCAAAUUUCAUUAAAUAGCGGGGGUUUACAUGUCCGACACAAAUAAAAGAAACUAGCGGGGGUUUGGAACCUCCACCAUCUAGGAAACAAAAAAUAGCGCGCAACUUUUCCGUCACUCUUUUUUUUGGCUCUUUUUGCUCUUAUCUUUUCCCCCUCUCUCAAAACCCUCUGCCUCUCUCACUACUUUUUAUUUCUUCCGCAUUUUCCUUUUCCUUUUCUCACCGUGAACCAUCCCUUUUUGCCACCAUCCAAACCACCCCAAAACCCCAUCUGAAACAUACUUGAAACAACCAAAAACAGAAUACCAAACCGAUCCGUAGCCCACUUAAUUUCACCCCAAAAUCACCAUUGUCACCACCUUCGUUUCCACCAAAAAUCAGCACCAAACACCCAGUUUUCUUUUCCGGCAAGGUUCGGAUUUCCCACCAAAGAUUUCGUUCAGUCGAGGUUUCCGGUUUGUUUUAUUGUUCAUUUCAAAUGCUGUACUUAUUCCUCAGAUUCGGUAAUCAGAAAGCUUACCUUUGAGGUUCUUCUUCAUAUUUUGAUCGUUUUGCUGCGUGUCUUCACUGCUCAGUUUAGGUGAUCUACACAGUUAUUAGGUGAUAUUGUUGCACACUAAUCUAAUUUUUUAAUGGAUAAAAUUAAAAAGCGUUCUAGGUCGCAUUGGAUUGUAGACGCAAUAGAUUCAGAAGAAAAUAUCAGGAAACUCAGAGUGAAAGUUAAUGAAGUGAUCAAUUUAACGUGUGAAGAACGUAUUGUGGUUGAUUUUGAUUACUUGGAUGAACCAUUUGGAGAUGGACGCGGCCUUCUUUCACGCUUUUGUGGAAUUUUGGCGUGUGACUGCUCUUUAUUUCCAAUCAACUUUGAGAAAUGGUUAAGUUUACCUAUUUCAUACUUCAACCGCGUCUUCGAUCAAAUUAUAAAGCCCAAGUUCUUCUUUAGGACAACCGAGUCAGUUGCAAUGGGACAUGUCUAUAAAUCUAUUGGAAAGAAGUGGGCUGCAAAUAAAAAUAACUUGUGGAAGACACAUGAAGACCUACUUAAAAGUAAAACUGAGAUUAUUGAAAGUGUGCCGGAUGGGAUUCCACGUGAUCAAUGGAUUUCUUUUGUUGAUUACCAAUAUAAAGAUUCAACAAAGGCAAUGCGAUUAAGAAAUGCUGAAAAUCUAAAGAAACAGACUAUACCACACACAGACGGCUCCAAAGCCAAUGCUACGAGAAGGGCUGAAAUGAUGGCUCAGACUGGACAAAGGCCUGGACGCACAAAUAUACCUUGCUACACAUAAGAAUCAAGAUGGAGUAUAUGUUAAUGAAGCAACAAAAGAAAUAUGCGAAAAAAUUGAGUUAGCUUUAAGCCAAAGCACCAUAGACGAGUCCCAAAUUUCGCGAAAUGAUGCCGUCGACAAGGUGCUAGGAGAAGAGCACUCUUGGAAGGUGAGGUUCUUGGGAUUAGGACCUGUCCCCAGUAAAGUUUUUAAAAAAGCAAGACCUCGUUUCAGCAGUACAAGUGCUUCAAGAAGUGAAGGUUCAUGUUCGUCCCAAUGUCAACAGAACCAUAAGAAAAUGAUAAAUGCUCAGGAAAAAAUGAUGAAUGCUUUCAAGGCAUAUAUGAUAAUGAAAGAAGGGACGAUACCAGAACAGUUUGCGGGGUUCUUUGCUUCUUCUUCGGCGGUUUCUCCUACAACACCAAGUGAUGUGGCGAGUGGAUCCCUUUCGCCCAUGGACGCAAGAAGAUCAUGCGGUGAUAGUAAUCCUAGUGACAACCGUUGAUUUCAUUGUAUUGUUUGGUAGGAACGGAUGUUAGAAUGCUGGAGUGAAUGUAUUGUGUUUAAAUUUAGUUUUUGAGUGAUCUGAUAAUGCUACUUAAAUUUUUAGUUUCAAAAGCUAAUGGUACUUUAUGAUAACAUUUGUGAUUUUAAGAUA